AAGCGGUCUUACGACUGGUACAGCUGACCAACGGUAUUCGGGAUUGAAAGAUUAAAAUCGUUCUAUUCCGUUAUACUCGGCGUAUUUAAGUGGGUACUUAUAUCAUCAAUGAUUAAAAACAGUUGCACGGUGUGACGUUUGUGUUCUGUGGUGUUUUUGUCCAUAAGUCUGUUCGUUAACCCUGAACGAUGACCGAACUUCCAACCUUGUACCAAUACUACACCGCGGGCGGUAUUAACGCCGGUCUUUCUACGGCACAAGAAUAUUUUACUCUUAACAACAGGAACAUUACAAUUUAUAGUGGAGCGAUGCAUUACUUCCGGAUUCCGAGGGAUUAUUGGAGGAUUCAUUUACGUAAAAUGCGAGCCGCGGGAUUAAACGCCGUUGAAACGUACGUGCCAUGGAAUCUGCACGAACCAGAACCAAACAGCUUCGAUUUUGGGACAGGUGGGUCGGAUAUGGAAGAGUUUUUAGAUUUGGCCCAAUUUUUGAAAACCGCCCAGGAAGAAGAUCUACUUGCAAUUGUUCGCCCCGGUCCGUAUAUCUGCUCAGAGUGGGAAUUUGGGGGAUUUCCCAGCUGGCUAUUGCGAAUAAAGAAUAUCAAGCUGAGAACUGCGGAGGAAAAUUACAUGUCGGCUGUGAGGAGAUUCUAUAAUGUGCUCUUACCUAUUCUGGCCGCUUUUCAAUUUACAAAAGGCGGUCCCAUUAUUGGCUUUCAGAUUGAAAAUGAGUACGGGAGCACCGAACAGAAAGGAAAAUUUGUCCCCGAUAGGCAAUAUUUGACUCAAUUAUUGCAAGUGUAUCUCACCCAUGGAAUUGUAGAGCUACUCUUUACUUCCGACUCACCGUCAACACAUGGCAGUGUUGGUACUUUACCAGGAGUCCUUUUCCAGACUGCCAACUUUGGCUCUAACCCGGAAAAAGAUUUUGAUCGUCUAAAGCAAUUACAACCAAACAAACCAGCGAUGGCCAUGGAGUAUUGGGGUGGCUGGUUCGAUCACUGGUCCGAAAAACACCACACAAGAAAAAAUUCGGACUUCAACAACGUCCUCGAGAGGAUUCUGCGGUAUCCCGCCUCUUUCAACAUCUACAUGUUUAUAGGUGGCACAAACUGGGGCUUUCUUAACGGAGCUAAUAUUGCCGAUGGUAGUGUUAACAAUAAGGGUUAUCAACCGGAUACAACAAGCUAUGACUACGAUGCGCCCUUAACCGAAGCCGGCGAUUAUACGGAAAAAUAUAUAAUGGUUAAGGAACUUAUAAAAAAAUUCAGCAAAGUGAAUCUUAAUACCCCACAAGCUCCUUCAAUUACCUUAAAAAUUGCGUACCCCACCAUUAACGUAACGGGACAGUUAAAACUGAAGGAAAUUAUUGACAGGGUACCAGAGAAGUUUGAGUCUCCAACCCCGAUUUCCAUGGAACAUCUUCCGAUGAAUAACGGGGCAGGUCAAAGCUACGGGUACAUUACUUAUAAGAAGGAGAAUUUACACAUACCAGCAAAUUCGGUCCUUACCAUUGAAGGGCACGUGUGUGAUACUGUAAUGGUUUUGGUAAAUGGUAUGCUUGUUUCCAAACCGUUAAGAAGUGCGGUCGAUUUGAACGGUUUUGGGUACUGGAGAAUUGCUAACGGAAAGCUCCAUUUAGGAGUUGAAGAUGUGCAUAACGCAACUUUAGAGUUAGUAGUCGAAAAUUGGGGGCGAAAUAAUUUUGGGUACUUAGAACAAUUUAAUCAGUACAAGGGAAUAUGGCAGGGAGGCAUUUUAUUAAACAACGAUAAGUUAUUAAAUUGGCAAAUCAUUCCCAUGGAAUUCAAAAGGAAGUGGAAUGACAACUUAACAGGAUGGCACGUUCCUGAAGCUUUAUGGUUGGCAGGCCCUUCUAUGUAUAGGGCGAUGUUCGUGGUAAACGAACUCGCCGAUACAUUCAUAGACAUGAAGAAGUGGGGCAAGGGAAUUGUGAUCGUAAAUGGUUUCGUUUUAGGGCGAUAUGCAUCAAUGCUGGGUCCACAACAAACCUUGUAUUUGCCGGCGCCAUUAUUACGAAAAGGAACGAAUAGUAUAAUCGUAUUUGAACAUUUUACGGCGAGCGAGGAAAUCGCUUUCUCCAGCCAACCAAUAUUUUAUACUCCUGCGAUUAAUGGAGAUGUGCCGACUGUGAUAAAACAAAAUUAACUAUAUAUAAUCUGUAACAAAAAAAAAAGAUGUCAUUAAAAAUACAUUUUUAUUAUAACCCAAAAUCUUAUUAUGUACCUUAAAUAUAAACUAAAAAUUUU